CGAGGUCCGGCUAGAAUCUCUCGCAGGUGUAUGAAACGUAUUGUGUUCCAGUUUCUGUCUGUCGCUUGCCUCUUAUCUCCACCGCAGACCUCUGUCUUGCCACCUAGUGUUAGCAGACAGUUAUGAAAGGCACAGGAGACGAGGAGGAGCAGGGCGGGUCUGUAUAUUUCAUGGUACGAUGAACGAGGGCCCUUAUUAACAAUGUGAGAGGGGGUUUUUUUUACCUCUGCCUGUUGAUAUUCCUUCCCAUCCUCUCACUCUUUCCUCAUUUCAGGUUUCACUCUGAGAAGGGGACAUGUGCAAUAUGAGAGAGAAAGUUUUCACUCCCAUUGUUAAUAAUUUGAAGGUCUUGGGCUUCCUGGAGAUUUAUCCUCUGGUGUAAGUUGUCACGUUGACUGAUACUCACAGUUUCCUUGCCCUGGACUUUCUGUGGAUUCCCAUCUUCUUCGGCCCUGAAGAUUUAAAAGGUUUUUGACUUUUUUUUCCGACUGGAAAAGCUUGAAUUGAAUCCAGAAAUGCGGACACAAAGGGCACGGAUCGUGUUCAUUUGGCUGAGUGGCACAAUUUUACUUUCAGGACUAGGUGCACACUCUGAACCUUCUUCUGCGGCACCUGACUUUGAAACAGCAGCUAUUCGUCCACUGGAAGCGGAUGCAGCAGUGACAGUGUUGGAUCCACAUGUUUCAAGUGCAACCCUUUCUUCUGAGAGUGAGGAUGAGCAUCUCAUAAUGGAGGGAGAAGAGGAGAUUGAGCAGCAAAGAGUUGAUAUCCGAAAUCUGGAGGCUGGGAGAAGAAGGAGAGGCGCCUUGGGAAAGAAGAAACAUGCAGCUGUGGUGGAAGCCAAUGCCUAUAGAAUAGCUGGAAUGGGGCAACCACUGAUGGGCUGGAGGAAGCGUGGAAAGGGAGAAUACAGCGCUCUCAUGGCUGUUCUCAGGGAACUUCAUGCUGACAAGAGGAGGCUGAUGGAUCAAGAGAAAGCACAAGAGGAGGAGGAGGAAGAAGAGGACGACGACGACGACGAUGAUGACGACGAUGACGAUGAUGACGACGACGAAGACGAAGAAGAGGAGGCUCAUUGA